AUGCGGACACAACCUGAGGCCAAUGGAACAGCUGUUACUGAGUUCAUCCUGCUGGGUUUGGUGGAGACGCCAGGGCUACGACCAGUUGUCUUUGUACUCUUCCUCUUUGCCUACCUAGUCACUGUCGGGGGCAACCUCAGCAUCCUGGCAGCCAUCUUGGUAGAGCCCAAACUCCAACCCAUGUACUUCUUCCUGGGGAACCUAUCAGUGCUGGACAUUGGGUGCAUCACCGUCACCGUUCCCUCGAUGUUGGGUCAUCUCCUGUCCCACAAGCGCACAGUUCCCUAUGCAGCCUGCCUCUCACAGCUCUUCUUCUUCCACCUCCUGGUUGGGGUGGACUGCUUCUUGUUGACAGCCAUGGCCUAUGACCGAUUCCUGGCCAUCUGCCGACCCCUCACCUACAGCACCCGCAUGAGCCAGACGGUCCAGAGGGUGCUGGUGGCUGUGUCCUGGGCUUGUGCCUUCUCAAAUGCACUGACCCACACUGUAGCCAUAUCCACACUCAACUUCUGUGGUCCCAAUGUCAUCAACCACUUCUACUGUGACCUCCCGCAGCUCUUCCAGCUCUCCUGCUCCAGCACCCAGCUCAACGAGCUGCUGCUCUUUGGCGUGGGGUUCAUAAUGGCAGGUACCCCCCUGGCUCUUGUUGUCACCUCCUACAUCCAUGUGGCUGUUGCGGUUCUACGAAUUCGCUCAGUGGAGGGCAGGAAGAAAGCCUUCUCCACAUGUGGCUCCCAUCUCACUGUGGUUGCCAUAUUCUAUGGUUCAGGUAUCUUUAACUACAUGCGACUAGGUUCAGCCAAGCUUUCAGAUAAGGAUAAAGCUGUUGGAAUUUUUAACACUGUAGCCAAUCCCAUGCUGAAUCCAAUCAUCUACAGUCUCAGGAACCCUGACGUUCAGGGUGCCCUCUGGCGGGUGAUCAAGGGGAGGUGGUCACUGGCGUGA